AUGAAUCAGAUUUGGGCACUAUUAGCUCUUUUCGCUUUACUUCAUUCAUCAGCUGUUCCAGUUUCAGCUGGAAGCAUUGAUAUUGUUAGCGAUGAGUCAUGAACUAUCGAAGGCUCUCGUUAUAUUGGAAAAUCAGUUGGAACUUGGGUUCAUUCAGCAUGGAAUUCAAUUCCUGGCGCAAAAUGGAUUUGGAAAAGCACUUUAAUAGAAAAUCCAGGUGGUGAAGAGUCAUGGGUGCAGGUCAAUUGACAUGGAGCCAAGGAAUUCGAUAUCUUUGGAUUUCCAACUUCUUCUCUCCUUACCAUUGCAGCUGACAAUAACUUUGCAAUUAUUCUCAAUGGAAAUUUUGUUGCAGCUACGCAAGAUGGAAGCUUUGGCAGAGCAAAAACAUUUGAUUUACAUAUUAAAGUACAACCAUAA